AUGACGCAAAUAAAAUCGACCGGAGGGGUCCUCCCAAUCCCCGCCGCAGCCACCCAGAAGAACGCGCCCGCGAAAAAGGCCCCCAAGCCUCCUGCUCCCCGCCUGAAACUGCUAAUCAGACGACUGCCCCCGGGCCUGACGGAGGAAGAGUUCAGACAUGCAGUGGGAGAGGCGUGGAUGGCUGGCGCUGGAAAGGUCGACUGGUUUCAGUACAGACCUGGCAAGGUGUCCAAGGAUCCUGCGAAACCCUCUCGACCGUCGCGCGCCUACAUCCACGUCAUUUCGAGUGAUCACAUCGCGCCUCUUGCCGACAAGGUUCGCCAGAGUUCGUUCCUAGAUGCCCAGAACACAGCCAACGAUCCGGUUCUCUUGGGUCCUCCGUCGGUGGAAUUUGCGCCAUAUGCCAAAAUACCCGGCAACCGUGUGCGAAAGGAUGCCCGUCAAGGGACUAUCGACCAGGAUCCGGACUUCUUCGCGUUCCUCGAAAGUCUAACGCAGCCCAUUACGAAACCGUCUGCGGAGUCGGUCGAGCCGGAGGAGAAGAAGGAGACAAUGACUACGACGCCGUUGGUGCAGUACAUCAAGGACAAGAAGGCGAACAAGGCCAAGGAGCAGACUGCUGCCAAGUCGUCCAGAAAGUCCGAGAAAGAGGCCAAACUGGAGAAGGUGCAGGCGAAGAAACUUUUACAACGUCCGGAUCGUGAGACUGCGCCAGUUACGGAGAAAAUGGAGAAGAAGUCGAAAUCCGACAAGGCAACCAAGGAAGCUGUCAAGGCGGCCAACAAAGCCGCCAAUGUUGCAGCCAAACAGUCUGGGAGGGCAACACCAACUGGCAAAGAGACACCUACGGCCCCAGCUUCGGAGCGGAAGAGAGAACGUGGGAACGCAGCAGCAGCAGCCAAGAUUCUCCAGCGAGACUUGGGACUGUCUUCGUCCGGCGGACAUCGGAAGGGUGGAAAGGGUGGUUCUGAGGCUGAUGCGAAGAAGGAAAACGUCCCCAACGCCCCGACAGAGCCCAGCAAGAAGGAAACGGCGAAACCCCCCAAGCAGCCCAAGGGUAAAGCCAGCGAGACUACACCUCAGCCUAGCGAACCGUCCACCCCUCAACCCCAGCCCACGCCUCCACCCAGUGCUCUUGCAGCUUCGAAACCGCCCAAACCGUCGAAAGGAAAGCAGCCAGCCGCCAGUCCCAGCGCCACCGCUACGCAAGCGUUCCUCAAGCACGCCAACCCGUCUCAGGGAGUUACCGAGCUGCUCUUGGAAACCGCGUUUUCACCAUUUGGCCAAGUCGUGUCGGUCGAGAUUGACAAGAAGAAAGGAUUCGGAUAUGUGGACUUUGCGGAACCCAGCGGAUUGCAAAAGGCUAUUGCCGCUAGUCCGGUGACCGUGGCGCAGAGUCAGGUCGUGGUGUUGGAGCGGAAGACGAACCCUGGAGGCGACAAGUCGCGCAAAGGUCGUGGAGGAGCAGCUGGAGGAGAGCAAGCGGCCGCUAACAGCGGCAAUGGGAAUAAUAACAGCAGUGCGCGUGGGGGGAAGCCUGAAGGAAGCGGUGGUGGGGGAUCAUCUCGAGGUCGGGGAGGACGAGGACGGAACAGGGGAGGAAAUAAGCCAGAGAAGGAGAGGGCGUAG